GGUUUCCAUGUUUAUGAUUUACUGGUGUUUCCAGAGGGACACCAUGAAGGCAAUGGGAAAACAUUACCAAACAGGGGCCCCUAUUCCUGAUAAUGUUCUUGAUAUGUACAUUGUCACAACCAAAAAAUCUCUCAUCGUAGAACUCCAGAGCUGGGUGGAAAUUGCUAGUGUGGAUUUGGAAUUACAUUCAAAAUACACUCCUGGUGGCUCUGAAUCUAUUUAUGAUGUUUACCAAAGGAUUCAAUCAGAAAGUGAAUUCCUUCCUCCUCUUCCUCAAAACAAAGCCCUUUGCAGCACCAUGAGACAAGAGUUUGGAGGUCAAUAUGGUUCUGUGUUCUUUGAUUAUCUGUUAUCCGAUGUGAUUGCGGCUGAUGCUUUCUCAGAAUUGGAGGGUGUGGGGUUGUCUAACGCUGAAGGUAUCAGGAAGCUUGGUCUUAAAUUCCGAAAUACAUUCCUUUCUUUUGGUGGUGGAAUACCUCCUAAUGAGGUUUUUGCUGACUUUAGAGGAAGAGGACCAAUAUUGGAUGUCCAGAGAAUGCUAAAACUCAAAGGAAUGACAUCUUGAUUUUGAUCAUGGCUUGCAUUACAACAUCAAGAAAGGGAAAAUGGGGGCAAAAAUGUCAUUAACUUUCAAGGAAGUAAGGAAAUUUAUGGAAGGAGGUCAUUGUGUGAAUCAUAUGUUUUAUCUCUAACUAAUGUAUCUUUAUUUGA